AUGGGUGGAAUGGACGCUGCCGCUGCCGCACGCAUCGCCAAGAGCAAAGACAAGGCCUUCGCCAAGCGUGCUGCAGAUGCCGCCAAGAGAAACGCUGCCCAGGGCGGAAGCUCGUCUUCCAGCUCCGGCACCAAGUCCGGCGGCGGAAACUACUCAAACACGGAUUCCAAGAGUGGUGGCUCUAAUUCAGAAGCCUGGAGGAAGUUCUACGUUCCUUGA